CUACUGGAUUGGUACAUGCAAGCAAGAGUCUUGAGAGAUGGAGGUCCAAGACUGGAUUGAAUCAUCAAUCCGAGCGCUUUUCUGUUUGACCGGCAUUACAGGGAACUUCUGGCUGGGUUUGCGCUCUCUUCCCAAAUCCAUAUCUCAACUGCGACCCAACGACGUCCUCUUCAUGAACCUGGCCGCGUCCAAUCUGAUCACUAACUGCUUGGUGGAUCUUCCAGACACAUUGGCGCAGUUUGUGAACAACUGGUUCAUGGGAAGAAGCUACUGCGGCGUGCUUCAGUUCUCAUCCGAUCUCUCGGAGACCAGCAGCAUCUUCUCCACUAUGUUCAUCAGCAUGUAUUGGCACCAGAAACUGGUGGGCUCCAUCAGUCGUGGAGGAGCUCCGGUGCAGAUGGAUGAUUUGAGGUUAGUCGGCGUAUUGCUCGCUGGGAGCUGGAUCGUGGCGUUGAUGUUCAGCGUUCCCCACUUUUUUAUUGCAGAACACGAUGGGAACGAGACUUUAGAGGUCUGUGAAGAACGUUUCCCAACACCUGCGGAGAAAAAGACGUUCGACGCGCUGUAUCUGAUUCUGGCGAACGUGGUUCCACUUGUUGGGAUCACCUACGCAAGCGUGCAGAUCGUCUUAACACUGCUCCAGAGUCAAAAACGAAUCACACACCACUCCAAAGAAAGAAAUGCACCACCUACAGACGUAAAUAUGGCUGAAAAGUCUAAAGUCGUGAAUAGCGUCGCGUACCCACAGCUCAGAUCCAAUCAGUCCUCGAGUUACCAGGUUCGAGCUGCCAAAAGUGUGGUUGCAGUCGCCACCAUCUUCAUCUUCUGCUGGUUUAUUCACCUUGUGCUCCGCAUCUACAGCAGCUUCAGAAACUCCAUCCUCGUUGUGAAACUCACCAAUUUUAUAGGAGCUUUUUACACCUGUUUUGUUCCCUAUGUGUACUUGCAUGGUGUGAAGAAACUCAGCUGCUCUUGGUGGUAAGAACUGGACUUGAAAAAUCAUCUUGAGGAAAGAAGCUCAUUUUGAUGAUUAAAGUAAACAAAGCGAUUAGCAAUUAGUUGUUUGUAAACACCGUAUAUGUACUGUAAAUACCUCUUGUUUGUGUGAAUCGGUGUAAAAGAACAUACAACUGGUUUAUCGUUAUUUUACACCACCAAAGCUAAAAUAAAAGUGACUCUCCCUCCAGUGCUUUGG